AUGGUUCAAGCAGGAGAACAAGAUCAGGAAGGUGGUGGCAGGACCAGAUUGUUUAACUUCAAAGGGAUAUUUGAGGGCACUGGAAGGCAUACCAAGAGCCUCAGCAUUGACACUGCUACCCAAUUGGAACCUACAGAGGAUGGUGCAGCCUCUUCAAGAAGUCAAGGAUCAAAGCCUCUUAAUGAUUUAGACAAGAUUCCCAAACCAAGGACGCUAACCAAGGAGGAAUUGGCAGCAAAGGAAGCCAAAGAGAAGAUCUUGCAAGAAAUGGAACAGAUGAAGGAAAGAUUUGCCAAACUGCUGUUGGGUGAGGAUAUGUCCGGUGGUGGAAAGGGAGUUUCGUCUGCUUUGGCACUGUCAAACGCUUUUACAAACCUUGCUGCUUCUAUUUAUGGUGAACAAAAACGGCUGGAACCAAUGCCGGCAGAAAGGAAAGCAAAAUGGAGAAAAGAAAUUGAUUGGCUUCUAUCAGUCACAGAUUACGUUGUUGAAAUGGUUCCUUCACAACAAAAGUCCAAGGAUGGUACAAAUAUGGAGAUUAUGACGACACGACAAAGGACUGAUCUUCACAUGAAUAUCCCUGCCUUGCGCAAGCUUGAUGCAAUGCUUAUUGAAUGUCUGGAUAACUUCAAAGAUCAAACCGAGUUCUAUUAUGUGUCAAAAGAUUCAGAUGAUUCAGAUCCAGACUCAAAGAAAAAAAACGAUGAUAAGUGGUGGUUACCUACUCCUAAGGUUCCGGUAGACGGUCUAUCUGAUUCGGCUAGAAAAUUUCUGCAUUACCAGAAAGAUUGUGUGAAUCAAGUACUUAAAGCAGCCAUGGCAAUAAAUGCCCAAAUUUUAUCAGAAAUUGAGAUCCCCGAAAGCUAUAUUGACUCCCUACCCAAGAAUGGAAGAGCAAGUCUAGGCGACUCGAUCUACAGGAGCAUAACAGUUGAAUUUUUUGAUCCUGACCAGUUCCUGUCAACCAUGGACUUAUCAUCAGAGCAUAAAAUUCUGAAUCUCAAGAAUAGAAUUGAAGCAUCCAUAGUAAUUUGGAAGCGGAAGAUGAACCACAAAGAUGGAAAAUCUACUUGGGGUUCUGGAGUGAGUAUCGAAAAAAGAGAACUAUUUGAAGAGAGAGCAGAAACCAUAUUACUUCUCUUAAAGCACCGUUUCCCUGGCCUUCCUCAAUCUUCACUGGAUAUAAGCAAAAUCCAAUACAACAAGGAUGUGGGGCAAGCUGUUCUAGAAAGCUAUUCAAGAAUAUUGGAGAGUUUGGCCUUUACAGUUCUUUCAAGAAUAGAUGAUGUACUCCAAGCAGAUUUCCAAAUUCAAUGUCAAAAUAUAUCAGCAGGAAAAAGCAGAAACUCAAUUUCCAGGCCUCCUAAAGAAGAGAUGGAGAAGGUUACCACUGAAGCACCUGGUUCAAUGACACUAUCAGAUUUCAUGGGUUGGGGCUCUGAUCAAGAAGACUCAACGUUGAAGAAGGACCCCUCAGAUGAAUUAUGCAAAGACGAGGAUACAAAGCAACAAAAACUUGCUAAUGUAGUGACCAGCAAGAAGAUGUCAUAUCUUGAGACCUUGGGAGCCACGAGAAGCCCAACAGCACGACAUUAA